AUGUCCUUUUACUUCAAGAAUAUCAAGCCAGAGCUUCAUUCAGAUGAGGAUGAUGAGGAUGAGCUUACACAUGCUAUUAGAAGAAAUGAAACCUCGAGCGAUGAGGGAUCGGAUAGUGAAGACGAGUUAAGAACAAUCUCCUUUGGGUCGUUAAAGAAAGCCGAUGACAUGAUGGAAAGCGAGGAAAAAUCCAAACGCAAAUCUAAGUCUAAUUCUAGAGCUAAGACUGCAACAGCAGGUAUAACCAAGAAGAACGAUGCCCUAGAGAAACGCAGAAAGAAGCAAGCAGAAGAGGAUAUGAAAAGAGAAGAACACAGGCAGAAACUCAAAGAACAGCAGGAGAGAGAAGAAGAACAAAAAUCUGCUGAAAUCAAAAUGUUUACUGAAGAGUCGUUUGAUGAAGACAGUGAAUCAGAUAGCGAAGGUGGGUUUUUCGAAGGUGAUUCAGCAGACGAAUAUGGAGACAACCGCCAAUCCAAUAAUAACUCCAAGAAGAAAAAGGGUAAAGGAAAGCAUGCCCCAAGUGAGGCAUCGUCCAAAAAGAAGGUGCGCACAAUACGAAAAAUACCAGGCUUGGAAGAAAAUAAAUCCAAGUCUAUUUACCAAGAUAUCAGGUUUGACAAAGCUCUAGGAAGGCCCGAAGAUAUAUCUAAAGUUCGCCAACGGUACAGGUUUUUGGAUGAAUACAGACAGAAGGAGAUUAAAGAACUUGAAACGAUGCUCCGCGACAAAAAGUUCUUGAGUAAGAUAAGUGAGAGGGAAAAGACAGAAAUGGAGCAACAGGUUAGACAGAUGAAGUCGAGAUUAGAAACUGUCCAGGUUAUGGAGAUGGAGCAAAAGAUUGUGAAGGACUACGAAGCGGAAAUAAACAAGAACAACAAGAACAAGUUCCACUUGAAGGAAUCGGAGAAGAGAAAGGUGAUACAAAAAUGGAAGUUCGAGCAUAUGAAGGGGAAGCAAAGAGAAAAGGUGAUGGAGAGAAAGAGAAAGAAGAGACUAGGGAAAGAAUUCAAACAAUUCGAAUUCCACAAGAGGUAA